AUGGACACUCUACCGACUGAACUGCUUGCCCAAAUCUUUAAAUGCGGGGCGUCUGAAGGCUGUCACCUCCUAAUCCCCUACAAAGCCGUUAAUCGGUGCUGGAGAACUGCGGCGCUUGAGUACCCAGACUUGUGGACCAGCGUCUACCCGUUCUGCUCGAUUAACAACAACGAUGCUGUUUCGUGGACGUCUUUCUGCCUUGAACGAUCAAAGUCGUGUCUCUUUGAUGUCGUUCUCCAUCUUCCGAGCCCGCCCAACAUGGCUCUCGUUUCCAAAAUAAUGCUUCUCAUUGCUCAACACAUACAACGCCUCCGCUCGUUGUCCGUCUUUGCCGUAGACCAGACCAACGCCGGAGAAGUGUUUGCUCUUUUGGAAAAUGCCCAGAGAGCCCCCCGUCUUUCCAACCUGGAGCUGGUCUGUGACGAUACCCGAAGUAUCAGCAUGACUGCCCCACACGACGGGAUACUUAUUUCGACUCCCGCACUUUCCUCGCUCCGUCUUCAUGGCGUAAGAUCGCCGGUACCAUUCGUGGGACUGCGGUCGCUGGACCUCAAAGGAUUACGUACCUCUUAUGCAGACUUCGAGGCGAUGGCCACCGCGUCGCCGCUGCUCGUGCAACUCGUUCUCCCGAACAUUCGCUUAUUGGUGGACCCACAAACAUCAACAUUUCCUCCAAUCCAAAUGCCUUCACUCAAGGCUCUUGCACUGAGCUUUGCCCACCCCCCACCGUCUAACCAGUUCAAUCCCUGUCAUAGUCUCCUCUCUUUUCUGCGUUUGCCGAACGUCGAAUACCUCGAGCUGGUCGGUUCCAUAAUCCCCGAUCUUGCGGCAACUUUUCACGCGAGCUGCUUUUCCAACUUACGCACCUUGCGGCUCGUGGGCUUGACCAUUGUCUCACGUGACCCUGCCAUCCAAAAUGCAUCGUAUCUGCGGUCACUCGGUACCAUCGAGGAGCUCCACCUUAUUCAUUCUUACGCUGAAUAUCUUUUACCAUUAGAACAACAAGCAGAUCGGUCCCCCAAAGCUCGGCUGUCGCGAACACGGUCUAUCAAUUUCCGCGACGAACCCAAGGCACAUCAUCGUAUUAUACACCCACUGAACAAGAUGAUCCCUGCCUCCCGAGCAAGCCUACCACUUGACAACAUCGAAGCGGUCUAUCCCAAACUUCGCUGCGUCUGUCUCGACACUCUUUUAGCCAAAGACGCUGUCUGGCUUUACACUUUCGUCACGGAGCGACCCAACAUCCGUCUCGUCAGGCUUUCGCAGAACAUAAACCGCCAUUUCUCAGAUAGCCUAGGCCUCUCAGAUGGCGGGGCAUUGCAGACUUUACCCUGGCGCAAUUUAGACAGAUCUGACCACCAGCCCGUUGAUGCUGGUAAAAUGCUUCGUGAAAGAGUUCAGGUCGAAGAGCUCAAGGCAGAAGGCCUCAUUCCCUGGCGCGGGCCCACGCCGUAG